GAUUAGCGGCCCCCUCCUCUACCUUAGGGACUUAGCCCUUUGAUCCUCGCGCCAAGGUCACCCACUCACUCACUGACAGUCUCACUUCCGGUUCAGAUUCAAGCCGCGCCAUGACCCAAGUUGUGACCUACUAGUAAUAUUUGAUGAUCCCUGGAUACGGAGUUCUCCUUUACUCUCUCCUCUUACCGCUUAUCACCUGUUUCAUUACGUGUUUUAUGCAGGCACCUCUUUACAUAAAGAAGGAUUUAUCCCCAACAUUCUGCCCCUCCACUAUCGAUAUGCACAUCUAGGCAACUCACAACUUCCUGGCUACGUUACAUAAACCUUUGUUCUCUUACAACAACGUCAACCUACCAGCCCUUUCACCUCUCAGACACGCAAACAAACCAUCGGAUAGAGCCUCCAUCUUCCGCUCUCACAGGUCUCAACACCCGUACCACUGCUACACAUAUGGCCUACUACCGCCCGUCCAGACAACAAGCGCGCCCAUACGGAUAUGACGAUGACUACGUAGCGCCAGAUCCCGGGAGGUCGUAUGACCCUUACGAUGACCGAAAUGCACCUCCUCCCCGCAAAGUCAGAAGAGAGCCGGCAACAGAUGCGUCACCUCCCCGCCGCUACAAGACACAAAGAAGUCGCCGCCCUCCGAGUCCUGGCAGGCCAGGGUACCCUGAUGAUCCUAUGAUGGAUGAUCGGAGAGCCGAAGGCCGUCCCCGUCGCAGAUAUGAGCCGGAGCGUCGUGGACGGAGUGCCGGGCCUGAUCGACGAAGCCGAGACAUCAGCCCUCCACCCUUCGGACCCCCGCCAGAUUCACCUCGCCGAAAGGCUCGCUCAGCUCGUCCCGAUCGCGAUGCUCAUUUCCCCGAGCGAGAAUUUCGCCAAUCUUCACGCGAGCCUCGCUCAGGGCGGGAUCGGGAUCGGGAACGGGAGUUACCCAUCCGUGGAAAACGGGACGCACGACCUGACAGAGACCCUCGAUUCGAGCGCGAUGCUCCACCAGUGCAUCCUUACGAUCGUGAUGCAUAUGCCCGGGAACCAACUUCACGCGCAUACCCCGAUGAUCCUCGAGACCAACGACGGUCCAAGCACCGCGAUGCUGAGCCGGAAUCGCCUCGGCGCCAUGGAAGAUCAGUGCCACCGUCACCUCGUUCUAAGUCGCAAGGACGGGGUCGAAAGUCACGAUAUCCAGACUCCGACUCUGACACGGAGGAUGAUCAUUACGGUGCCAAACUUGGAGCUGCCGGAGCUGGAGCGGGUGCCGCUGCUGCUGCCAGUCGACGACGCCCACGGUCUCAAACAAGAGACCGUCGUGGGCGAGAUCCUGCUCGAUCUCCAAAUCGAGGUCGGCCCCCGACCACACAGAAGAAUCGCGGCAGCGGUCCUGCCGGACGUCGCAGCUCCAUGCCUGCUAGCACCAAGCCACGCACUGCAUGGUGGCAGAACCCCAUGGUCCAGGCUGGUGCCCGUACUGCUUUCACAGCUGGUGCUCAAGCUGCGAUGAAAUCUGGUCAUGAAUCUGGUCCCUGGCUGGGCCCCAAGGGCGCCAAAGUUGCAACAGCUGCUCUUGGUGCGGCCUUGGUUGAUGGCUUCAUGGGCCAGAAGCAUCCCAACAGUACCAGACAGAAACUGAUGAGGCAGGGCGUUGACCUUGCCUCAGCUCAAACCACAAGGGUGCCCGAGCACCAUGGCCAUAGUCGCAGACGAUAAUGGCUGACGACGCUGCGUUUAUUCUCUUUCAUGGUAUCUAAUACUCGUUUUCACAAAGAUUGAAAAUUACGUUAAAAACAUGCUCAAGCAUUGCGGAGGUUACACAAUCCAGAGCACUUGUUGACAGGCACUGGAUCGGCGCAUUGCUAUGGAGUUGAUGAUAGAAUGAUUAUCACAACUGUACGAUACUUACGAGACUUAUGAGAUACCUUCCUGCAUUUCAAGAAUUGAGAUUUACUUUAUGCUUCUAUCGUGCCCACAACUUAGAGUUUGAUGUUUAAUGUGAUACGAAGAGGUCAGUGACAACACAGCUAUGUUACACAAGCAUUCUCAUUCUAGUCAAUUUAAACUCAAUAUGCUUUAAACGAUAGUCCAUAACCGAAAUAUCAACCCAAA